ACAGAACCCACCACACUGUUUGCUGCACUGCUCCCCAUGUCCCUUGAGCCAGAUGCUAGGGAAGUGAAUUCACGGCUGCCACACGACAUUGAACGAACAAUAUUCGAAACGGCCAUCUUCAUGCACCCCACAUGCGCGCCGAGCCUUCUCCAAACAGCGCGUCGCGUCCAGUCGUGGAUAGAGCCUCUAGUCUUCAAAACACUUGUCCUCAGCGGCCGAAACGUCGACGCUCAUCUCUGGGCUGCCCUGUUCACCAAACCGCCCGCAUUCUUUGCGCAACAUACCCGCCACGUCUUUGUCGGCAAGGGCCUCCCGGACGACGAUGUCCAGCUCGUGGUUUCGCGCUGCGCCGCGGCCGAGAGCUUCGUGUUCGAGGCGAAAUGGCGGCCGACGACGUUCCCUGAUAUAUGGCGGCUCCCUCAGCUGCAGCGGCUGACACUCAGCUUCCGGCUUGUCCGCAUCGCGGCUGUGCCCGGCCCCGGCUCCGGCCCGGCCAUCCUUCCUAAUCUGACGCAUCUGACGCUCUAUCCCGCGCACCAGACCGACGCGGAGUCGACGGGCCGCUACCUGGCGUUCCUCGCUGCGCUCCCGCGCCUCACGCAUCUGUGCGUCUGCAUGGUCCAGGACGAGGGCUUUCUGCAUCACAUACUAAAUCAAUGUCCGCGCCUGCAAGUGCUGCUGCAUGUCUUUGAUGCGGGGAUGUACACCCGGGAGGACUACAUCCGCGACAUGGCGGCACUGCACGACCCGCGCUGCGUGCUGCUCGACCUCACGCGCCACUACCUCGACUGGACCGAGUGGGCACUGCAGGACUGGAGGCUGGCCGCGGCGGGCGGCGUGGAGCUGUUGGCACGGGCAGCCAGGUUCGUUGCCGGAAAAAACGGGAGCCCAGAGGGCCGACUGGAGUUCUUAUGGGAGGACCCACAUCGUCCACCGGAAGACAGUGAUGCAUUGCCGGUCGGCGAGAGUGUUGACGGCGCAUCUGUAUAG